GCAAAACAACGAAAAUACAAACUGUGCCUUUUAGGCUAUAUUAGCCACCGAGGAGCUUCUCAACGUUAGCUAGCUGUUAAUUACAUUAUUUCAGAGGGUUGACAAAUGAUAGUUUGUGUAGGGAAUUAAAGACAGCAUCCUCUUUGCAAAGCCUACAGCGUUUGGAUUAUUUGGUUACAGUCCGUCUUUGAUUUAAAACGAGGUGGAGCUGAGAAGAAACCUUGUUUUGGGUCCAGAGCAGUAGAAGCAUUUACUCCAGCACAUCCAGAAAAUGUUGAAGAAAUGAUAGCAGCGCAGGAUUUGCACGCAGAGUAUCAAUAUCCUCAGGAGGCAGAAUCCCAGUUGUCAUCAGAUACCGACCUUGAGGAUCCUGAUGGCAGAAAUGCAAAGACCGGAAAGGGCAUGGCUCUCUGGAAAGGGAAGAAGGCACUCGGGGAUAAGGCCAAAGGUGGGGGAGCAGGGAGGGUCCCUGGUCCCGGCUGGGUAAAUGGUUAUCACCAGGAGAAUGGGAUGGAGAAUAUGACCCUGUUUGAGGUGGUUAAAAUGGGGAAGAGUGCAACACAGUCUGUAGUUGAUGACUGGAUUGAGGCAUACAAACAUGACAGGGAUGUUGCUCUUUUGGACUUAAUCAACUUCUUCAUCCAGUGCUCUGGCUGUAAAGGUGCUGUGAGUGGAGAGAUGUUCAGACAUAUGCAGAAUUCUGAAAUCAUCAGAAAAAUGACAGAGGAGUUUGAUGAGGACAGUGGUGACUAUCCAUUAACUCUGUCAGGACCACAGUGGAAGAAAUUCAGGACAAGCUUCUGUGAUUUCAUUGCUGUUUUGGUGCGUCAGUGUCAGUACAGCAUUAUUUACGACGAGUAUAUGAUGGAUACGGUCAUCUCCCUGCUCACAGGCCUGUCAGACUCACAGGUCCGAGCGUUCAGACACACAAGUACACUAGCAGCCAUGAAGCUGAUGACGGCCUUGGUGAACGUCGCUUUAAACCUGAGCAUCAACAUGGACAACACGCAGAGACAGUACGAGGCGGAGAGAAACAAGGUUGUUGCAAAAAGAGCCAAUGACAGGCUGGAGCUCCUGUUACAGAAGCGUAAAGAGCUUCAAGAAAAUCAAGAUGAAAUUGAAAACAUGAUGAAUGCAAUUUUCAAAGGAGUAUUUGUUCACAGAUAUCGGGACGCCAUAGCUGAAAUCCGAGCGAUUUGUAUUGAAGAGAUUGGCAUGUGGAUGAAGCUGUACAGUGAUGCCUUCCUCAAUGACAGCUACCUGAAGUAUGUGGGCUGGACCAUGCAUGAUAAGCAAGGUGAGGUGCGGCUGAAGUGCCUGACGGCUCUGCAAGGUUUGUUCUACAACAGAGAGCUCGGAGUACGACUAGAGCUCUUCACAAGUCGCUUCAAGGACCGCAUCGUGUCCAUGACUCUGGACAAGGAGUAUGACGUCGCAGUGCAAGCCAUUAAACUUCUGACGCUGGUCUUACAGAGCAGCGAUGAAGUUCUUACAGCAGAGGACUGUGAGAGUGUGUAUCAUCUGGUUUACUCUGCACAUCGACCCAUUGCUGUUUCAGCAGGAGAAUUUCUGUUUAAGAAGCUCUUCAGUCAUCAGAGUCCUGAGGAAGAGGGGCUCCCCAGGAGGGGCAGGCAGAGUCUAAAUGGCAGCCUCAUCAAGACCACUGUCUUCUUUUUCUUGGAGAGUGAGCUCCAUGAACACGGGGCCUACCUGGUAGACAGUUUGUGGGAGUGCGGCUCAGAGCUGCUGAAGGACUGGGAGACAAUGAUCAGCCUGCUGCUGGAUGAGCCCGUGCCCGGAGAAGAAGCCCUGACUGAUCGCCAGGAAACAGCUCUGGUUGAGAUCAUGUUGUGUGCUGUUCGACAAGCUUGUGAAUGCCACCCUCCAGUGGGCAGAGGCACAGGGAAAAGGGUCCUGACUGCAAAAGAGAAGAAAACCCAGCUGGAUGAUCGGACACGGAUCACAGAGAUGUUUGCAGUUGCUUUACCUCUGUUGUUAGCAAAGUACUGUGUCGAUAUUGAUAAGGUGACCAACUUGCUACAAAUACCUAAGUACUUUGAUCUUGACAUCUACACAACUGGCCGGCUUGAAAAGCAUUUGGAUGCCCUGCUGCGACAAAUCUGGGAGGUCCAGGAUAAGCACACGGACACUGAGGUCCUGGAGGCCUGCUCCACCACCUACCACUAUCUCUGCAACGAAGAGUUUACCAUCUACAACCGCGUGGACAUCGCUCGCUCCCAGCUUCUUGACGAGCUUGUAGACAAGUUCAACAGGCUCCUGGAGGACUUCCUUCAAGAGGGUGAAGAGCCAGAUGAGGACGAUGCCUAUCAGGUUUUAUCUACACUCAAGAAGAUCAGCGCUUUCCACAAUGCACACGACCUUUCAAAGUGGGAUCUCUUCACCAGCAACUACAGGCUUCUCAACACAGGUCUGCAGAAUGGAGAUAUGCCUGAACAGAUUGUGAUUCAUUCAAUGCAGUGCACACAUUACAUCAUCCUGUGGCACCUGGCGAAGGUUUCAGACAGCACGUCAGUAAAGGGUGACAUGGUGACCUUGAGAAAGCAAAUGAGAGCUUUCUGUUUGAUGUGUCAGCGUUACCUGAACAGCAUCAACACAGCAGUUAAAGAACAGGCCUUCACAGUACUGUGUGAUCUGCUGUUGAUCUUCAGCCAUCAGAUUAUGUCUUCAGGCCGGGAACAGCUUGAACCUCUGGUCUUUAUGCCAGAUGCCUCUUUACAGGCAGAGCUGCUUAACUUCAUUUUGGAUCAAGUGUUCAUUGAUCAGGAUGAUGAUAACAACAGCACAGAUGGACAGCCAGAUGAUGAAGCCAGUAAAAUUGAGGCUCUGCACAAGAGAAGGAACCUUCUCGCUGCCUAUUGUAAAUUAAUCAUUUACAAUGUUGUGGAAAUGAAAACAGGAGCAGACAUAUUUAAACAGUAUAUGAGGUAUUACAAUGACUAUGGCGAUAUCAUCAAGGAAACGAUGAGUAAAACACGACAAAUCGACAAAAUUCAGUGUGCAAAGACACUCAUACUGAGCCUGCAAACGUUGUUCAAUGAGAUGUUGUCUGAUCUUGGCUUUAAUGUGGAUCGUUCAUCGUCGGCCUUCUGUGGCAUAAAAGAGCUUGCACGGCGCUUCUCGUUGACGUUUGGCUUGGAUCAGUUAAAGACCAGGGAGGCUAUUGCAAUGUUACACAAGGAUGGAAUUGAGUUUGCUUUUAAGGAACCUAGUCCGCAUGGUGAGGGGGGUCCUCCUCUAAAUCUAGCCUUCCUUGAUGUCCUGAGCGAGUUCUCCAGCAAACUCAUGCGGCAGGACAAGAGAACAGUGCACAUGUAUCUGGAGCGGUUCAUGACGUUUCAGAUGGCCCUGCAGAGGGAAGACUGCUGGCUGCCCCUCAUCUCAUACAGGAACUCCCUACAGGCCGGAGGGGAUGAUGACACCAUGUCUGUCAUUAGUGGAAUCAGCAGUCGAGGAUCCACUGUCAGGAGUAAGAAAUCUAAGACAUCCACUGUUGGCAAAAGGAAAAUGCCUGAAGCAGAAGAGAACAGCUGCAGUAGCAGUGAUGCAGUCUGGAUGAACCGUGAGCAGAACAUGCAGACACCAGUGAUGAUGCACUCACCCCACCUCACCUCCACUGUGCUGAGGGAUCCAAAGAAGAUGAGGCCAGAGGACAGCUACGCAGCUGCAUACAGCAUGCAAGCAGAGCAGCUUCCCCAUCAGACUUUGCACCUGCCACAGCAGCAGCAGACACACCAUCACCAUCAGGCUGCCGUAGAUUACAACACCCAGGUUACUUGGAUGUUAACUCAGAGGCAACAAGCUGAGGCCCGACAGCAGCAGGAACGGGUUACCAUGCACUAUGCUAAGAUGAGGAACCACAUGCAGCAAGCCAUCCGUCGAGGUACUGGACUCAUGGAGGAUGAUGAGGAGCCCAUAGUGGAGGAUGUGAUGAUGUCAUCAGAGGACAUCAAUGAGGGGAUGGAUUUUGACACAAUGGACAUUGACCUGCCGGCAUCAAAGAACCGCAGAGAAAGAACAGAACUAAAGCCAGACUACUUCGAUCCAUCUUCUAUCAUGGAUGACUCAGUUCUCAAUGUGUCAAUGUUCUAAACAAACUGGAUGGAUCAAGUGUUGUAGAAAUCCCAGGAGAGUAACAAAGGAUGACUGUUUUCAGUGAAAAUCAGGAUGGAGUGAAAUGGACUACUAUAAAUAGUUUGUGAGACACCAACGUUUGCCUCUUCAAUAUUUUGUUAAAACCUAGAGGGAGAGCCUGAAUUUAAUUUUUUUUCUGAUAUUUUCACAAACUGGACUUUUGUCACACUGCAGCAGAAAUGUAAUGUUUGUAAAAACAACUUAAUGUGAGCUUUUCCUGAGGUGAUGCAGUGCAGAUGAUGAUUAUGAUGCAUUAUGUGGCAGGCUUGUGGACAAUAACAAAUGGAAACUCAAAUGAAUAAUAUAUACCUUUAAUCUUCUUCAUUCAGUUGACAGAACUUGUAAAUACAUAGCAGCCAAUAUAUACAGGAGGGUGAACACAACUUCACUAACAUCAACAGUAGAAAUGUAAAAGCCCUGCUAAAUAAUAAUAAUACCUUUAUAAUGCUUUAAACUGAACACUACCAUGACACUGCAUUCUGUCACAGAGGUGUUAAUUUCACUCAGUCGUAAUUUUAGAGCCAUAUUCUUGGAAAUGAUCCAAUCAAUGCCUCUCUGACGUAAUGGUAACUUAAAUUGAACACUGUAAGCUUCUUAAGACAUCAGUUAUUGCAGGGCUGUCGAAGUGGACUGCAUCACUUUUGAAAGCUAUCAGUAAUAUUGUGUUCACCUGCUGGACUUCUAAACUGUAGACUUUGGCAUGGCAUGCAGCCAUAUAUGAAACACAUACACAGUAAAGUAUAAUGUGAACUGGCGUCUCAUACUGUUCAAAGGCCUUGCCACAAAUGAUAUACGACAUUCUCAGAUUUCUUUGUGAUGGUAUUUUUUAGAAAUAUAUGUGUUCUGCUUUUAUACCUUAUAGAUGACUUUGAUUUAUAGAUAUUUUGUAAUGACAAUCAAAUGUAAAUUAAUGGUUUCUAAUCAAGUUAUUUCACAUAGAUGCUGAAAUAAUCCUUUUUAAUGAAAACAAUUAUGUUACUAUAUAUAUACGGCCAACUGUUUGUAUUUCCUUUUAUUGUCUAUAACCAUUGGAUGCAUAGGAAAUGAAUUGCUCUUAUGUAGAAAUCUGACAAAUUGAUGGCUGCAUCUACUAUUAUUUUUUAAUAUUGGAAGCAUACAUGGUGUCAUACAUAAACUUUUGACUCAACCUUUAACAUGUAAUCUCUCCUAUACCUUGAAUAUUUUCCUCCACUGUACAAUAUCUAAUAAUAUCUAACACAAACAUGCCAUAACUUCAAUUUUUUAAAAGAUGGAUUUGAACAUUGGUCGGGAAAAGUGUGUGUGUUUUUUUUCUUCCAGUUUGCAAGUGUGUAAAGGAUUUUUCAAAAUGCCAAUGUAUUUGAUGCACCAUUGUUGGUUGUAUAUGAGUUAUAGAGUUAUUCUAAAUUACAAAGUUUUAGAAUUCUUUGGUCAACUAUCAUGGUAAAAGAAUUGUAUAUUAUACAAUAACAAAUGUGUAAUAUAUUGUGAAUCAGUACUCUUUUAUAUUUGCAGGUUCUGUUUGCUUGAAAUUUAGGGAAAGAAAUAUGCUAUUAUUCAAAGUAAACCUACUAAUUUGCAACAACACAUAGAGAACAUUGUUUUGUUUGUCUUUCAGUGAAUUGUUGAGAUUUUUCUUUAUCUGUGUAUUGGCCUGGUUGGCAGUUACAGAUUUAAUGGAGAACAGUGUAUUCAUGUUGUAGUUCAACAAAUCCCUAAUUCUCUCAGAAUCUCACUAUAAACUGGAGAAACAAAUCACAUUGCCAUGAGCAUUAACCACACACUUAAUACUGAAACUCAUCAUGUUAGGCAGAUGUUAAAACCUAUCCUAGAAUUUCCUGUAAAUUUACAUUUAUCGUGUCAUCUGGGAUCUUUUCUGUUUUGCAUUGAACUGCUGAAAAUGUGCAUACAUCUGUAUGUUUACACAUAUUUAAAUAUUUGUGUAUUAAAAUUUGUGUUUUUACUCCA